GAUGCUUUUGCAGAUAAUUAAGCACAAAAAUGGCAGGAGCAGGAACUGUUUUCGCUUCUGCUCUGGAAGGGAUGAACCAAGUUAAAUCCGACUCCGGCGAGAUGCUUGCCAAGCCUUUCUUGGAUGUCUGCAACCACUUGCUGCCUGUUUUAGAUAAGUUUGGAGCUGCCUUCGCACCCGUGAAAUCUGAUAUUGGUAAUAACAUAUCGAGGUUGGAUUCUAAGUAUUCGUCGAGCCCGUCAGAGUUUAACCUCUUGUACAGCAUAGUUCGAGUUGAGAUUGAAGCGAAAACUGCGAAAUCCUCAUCUAGUUGCACAAAUGCUCUACUCUGGCUAACAAGGGCUAUGGAUUACUUGGUAGAGCUGUUUCGCAAUCUGCAUGAUAAUCCGGAUUGGCCAAUGCCGAAGGCUUGCAACGAAGCGUACGGCAAGACGCUGAAGAAAUGGCAUAACUGGCUGUCCAGCUCAAGUUUUAGUGUUGGGAUUAAGCUUGCUCCGGAGAGGAAGAAAUUCAUGGACAUAUUAGGUGGUGAAACUCCUGAAUUAAACUCUGAUAUGGGGAAAUUCUGCGCGAACUUCUCUCCGCUCCUCGAAGAGAAUCAUAGGUUCUUGGAGUCUGUUGGAUUGGACAGUUUGCAAGCUUGA